CUCUAGCUUCGCCCAGACGAAUCGCAGUCCCUGCCGGGUUCAGCAGCCCGCGCCCCGGCGUCCGCGGUCGCUCGCCCUCCGCGCUGUGCUGUCGCUACCCGCUGCCCCCUUGCCUCCCACCAUGGCGCUGCUGCACUCCAGCCGCGUCCUCUCCGGCGUCGCCGCCGCCUUCCACCCGGGCCUUGCCGCCGUAGCCUCCGCCAGGGCCAGCUCCUGGUGGACCCAUGUGGAAAUGGGGCCUCCAGAUCCCAUCCUGGGAGUCACUGAAGCCUACAAGAGAGACACCAACAGCAAAAAGAUGAACCUGGGCGUUGGUGCCUACCGCGACGACAACGGAAAGCCCUACGUGCUCCCUAGUGUGAGGAAGGCGGAGGCCCAGAUUGCUGCAAAAAAUGUGGACAAGGAAUACCUGCCCAUCGGGGGCCUGGCUGAAUUUUGUAAGGCAUCUGCAGAACUAGCCCUGGGGGAGAACAACGAGGUGUUGAAAAGUGGCCGGGUAGUAAAUUGGCAAUAA